CCACUGCCCGCUCUCAGAUCGUCGUCGGAGAUAGACGAUAGAUGUCGGCGGGCGGCGUGGAGGACUCGUCGUCGCCGGCGCGGCGGCCGAGCCGGUACGAGUCACAGAAGCGGCGGGACUGGCAGACCUUCACGCGGUACCUGGGCGCGCACCGCCCGCCGCUGCAGCUCCGCCGGUGCAGCGGCGCCCACGUCCUCGAGUUCCUGCGCUACCUCGACCGAUUCGGCAAGACGCGGGUGCACGCGCCGCCGUGCCCGGCCUACGGCGGAGGCGCCAGCGCCCGGGUCGCGGCCCCGGAGGCGUGCCAGUGCCCGCUGCGCCAGGCGUGGGGCAGCCUCGACGCGCUCGUGGGCCGGCUCCGCGCCGCCUUCGACGAGCGCCACGGCGCCCGCGUGGGCGGGGCGACGACGGCGGCGGCGGCGGCCGCGCAGCCCGAGAACGCCGGCGCCGCCAACCCCUUCGCCGCGCGCGCCGUCAGGCUGUACCUGCGCGACGUCCGCGACGCGCAGGCCAGGGCGCGCGGCAUCUCCUACACCAGGAGGAAGAAGAAGCGGAACAAGCAGCAGGGCACCACCUGCGCGGCCGCCGCCUCCGCCUCCAAGCAGGAUAGCGGCAGCGCCGCCGGCACGACGUUGGUGGCUCCCGCGGUGCCGCCACCGCAUCAGCAUCCAACUCCGCCGCUACCACCGGCGGCGUACCUCACCGGUGUGCCGUUCGAGUGCUGCGACCAUGGCAGCGUCUUUGGAGUACCUGCUGCCAACGGUGGCGCGGCGGGCUUCUACCUGCCAUUGCUGUUCAACUCGUUUGUCUAGGUCAUGCUCCUGCUCCAUGCCGUUGACGCGUUGCUUCGCUCAAGCUUUGCUUCCUUUUAGUUUUCUGUAUGUACGUAUGCGGCUGCAUGACAAACUACACGCGUAAGUUCGUGCACGGAGAAGAAUGUAAUGAGUUCAUGUAUGCGGUGUGAUAGAUGACAUUCAUGCGUUACUGUUUUUGCAUUUGGUAGUUGGUGAACUGUGAACAUGG